GCGGAUUAUUUACAUCCGUUACCAGGCAGCGAAGCGCCGCUUGACGGUAAAACUCUACCAACAUAAAGAUUGAAUAGCUGCUCCUUCAGCGGAUUAAUAUUGUGUGCACUGUUAAAUCUAGAAAGCCUUUGUUUUCAGUUUUGUUGUCUUGUUUCCUGCCUCGAAAGACUAACAGUGCUGCCAUUAAGAGAUUUACUUGGUGCGCUGGAAACCCGUGUGAUUUAACGUUAACAGAAACAUCAGAUGUGUGUUUGUAAACCAUGUCUGCUGUAGACUAUACAGUCAGUAAACUUCACUCAUCCACGAUUUUAUUACCGUUUCAUCAAGAAAGUCUCAGUUUCAUCUGUGAAGUCCUGACUUCUAAUCUGAUAUGAAUUUGGGAAGAUAUCUCAUAUAAAUAAUUGUAUUCGUGGCCACCAAAAUGUCAUCGCCCAGUGAUGUACGAGAGAAGAUAAGGAAGAAGAGGAGAGAACUGCAGGAGUCUUUAGGAAGAGUCAGAGAUGAUAAACAGGCUUUGGUUCCGUCAGACUGGGAUCUGUCUAAGGAGAAUGAACACACUGCGGUGGAGGAGCUUCCAGGUGGAGAAGAGGACCCUGGUGAGACACUCAGACGUUCAGUGAUGGCGAAGAGAAUGAAAAAGAAGAAGAAGCUGCUUAAGGAGAUGGCGGUAGAGUCUCCUCCAGAUGAGGAGGAGGUGACAGCAGUGCAGGAGAUGAGAGAGGAGCAGGACAGAGGAGAUGAUGUAGAAAGCCCACCAGCUCGCUCACCGAGAGAUCUUCCUCCUCGUCCUGUGAUAAGGCCAGGAUCCAGCCAAUCAGAGACUACCAUGAGACUGCGCAUGACUGAGAAGCUGAGAGCAGCAAAGUCUAAAGCAGCUAGUCUUCUACAGCAGGAAAGCAUCAUUGAGCCUACCAGCCGUCUACAGAGUCUACGAGACAGAGACACCCUCACUAGAUUCGACAGAAACACGGAUCCAGAUCUACAGGCCAAUGAAGACUCAUCCUUUGCUGCCAGGCUGAAGUUUCGUGAUGCAGCUAGACAUGCAGCCAAAGACAAAAGGGCUGAGGCUGGUUUGCCCACCGCUGAAGAGGCGUACAACUUCUUCACCUUCAACUUUGACCCAGAGCCUCAACAGCAACAGCGCUAUAAGAAAAAACAUUCCAGGAGAAGAGAAGCAGAGGAGGAAGGAGAGGGGGAAUCAGGGGAGGAAGAUGAAGAGAAGGAAGAAGAAGAAGGGGAGGAAGAGGGUGAAUUGGAGAGGGAGCAUGAAGGAGAAGAAGAGUCUGAAGCCAGGGAUGAAGAUGCUUCUCUGGUCAGAGACGAUGAGGAGGAUUUGUUCAUCAUUGACCAGUCAGCACAGGACUUCCUGGAAGUAAGGAGAGCGGAAUAUAUAGGCUACAGCAGGCGACUGCAGAGGGAGCGAGAGACACUGUUUGUUCCCAGCAUGAGGCCAGUUCCUGCCUCCAGUAAGCUGCCAGAGAACGUGCGUCCCCGUUACCUGGAGGAGGAAGGGUUAUAUGUGGGGGAGAGGCCACCCGUCUGUCUGACCAAUCAGAACAUUUUGGAAAACCGAAUCCUGAAGCAGGCUGAGGGAAGGAAGUGGUUUGGAGAUGAUGGGCGUAUUAUUGCUUUGCCUGACCCAAUCAAAGAGUCCUCAUCCAGACCGCCUCUCUUCCAACUGGAGGAUGAGCUGGACCCUGCGCUGCAGACUGUCUACAGAAAGGCUCUGAAGACCAAGCAUGUGAACCUCUACAUAGCUGGAAUGGGCAACCCCCAGGCAGACUACCAGCUGGAUGUAGAUGUAUCCGGCCUCAUCUUCUCCCAUCAUCCUCUCUUCAGCCGUGAACACGUGCUGGCAGCCCGUCUCGCCCAGCUGUACGAUCAGCACCUGACCAGACAGCACAAGAACCUCACAGGACUCCUGACUGAUAAGUUGAACAGCUUGAGGAACACGAUUCAUAAUAUGCUGGAGCUACACAGAGGAGAGGCUCUGAGUCAGGUGGCCCAGCAGAGGAUAGCGGAGUACAAACAGGAAGUGAGACACACUCGUCAGUUGCGUGAUGUGGAGCAGGAGAAGGACAGAGCACUCCUCAAAACCAUCAUCAGAGUGUGGAAGGAGCUCAAAGCUCUGAGAGACUUCCAGAGAUUCACCAACACGCCCUUCAAACUCUUCAUGAGGAGGGAGAAGGUGGACAGAGAGCAGGACGAGCAGGAGUUUGAGAAUGACAUAAUAGCAGAGGUGUCAGAGCUGCAGGCGGAGGCAGAGGAAGACUAUCAGAGGAAGAUGAGUGAAUACAGAAGACAACAUGAGGAAUGGAAAUCCUGGAAGAGAAAACAGAAAGCUUUGAAGAAAAAGCAGAAAAAGAAAAUACAGCAGGAGGAGGAAGAGGAGAAUGAGGAAAGUGAGGAAGAGCUGGGCGAGGAGCCAGACAAGUCGGAACCUCCAGAGAAACCAGACAUGGGUGACCUGGAAGAGCAAGUGCAAGAGAAGGCAGCCAGGAUCCGCAGGAAACCUGGAGAACCGGUUCUGAUUCCAGAACUUACCCUCUCUGGGCCCGUCACCCCCAAUGAGCAGUGCCCACGUGCCGAGUUUUCUCGUAGAGAGGAUGUGGCCAAACGGUCCCUCUUCAUCAAGGUCCUGUACAAUGAUAAAGAAGUUUCCAGAACAGACAGUCGAAACCUCAACAUGGAUUUCAGAGUUCACUUUGGUCAGAUAUUCAACCUGAAGAUAGUGAACUGGCCAGAAAGCAUCAAACUACAGGUGUUUGAGAGUGUCGGCUCGUCCUCCUCCCUGCUGGCUGAGGUGUGUGUGCCAGUUCCAGAAUCUUCUGUCCUGACCGGCAGUGCACUGUUUGAGGAGAUGGAGUUUAGCAGCAACCAAAGAGUCACGUUCAACCAUGAGGGGGUCGGCAGUGGUGUUCCGUUCUCUUUCGAGGCCGACGGCACUAACACGCAGACCCUGUUGACGUCAGGGAAGCUCUCCUGCUGCGUGUCAUGGGCUGUAGGGGAAGAUGACAUCCCCCUCGCUCCCCCGUCCAGUCAGCCUGGAGGGGGUAUGUACAGUGGUCUCAGGCAGAUGGACGCUAUAGCAUGUAUUGGAGCAUCUGGGCUGAACGACAUGAAGAAAUUGGGGAAGUGGGCGGCUGAGUCUCGCCUCGACCCCAAUGACCCCAGCAAUGUUUCUAUAAUGCAACUACUUUCGGUGGUGAGUGGUGGAGAUGUGGCGGUGCCUGAAUAUUUCCGCCUGGAGCAGCUUCAGGAGGAAUUUAAUUUCCAAACCGAUGAGGAGCUGCAUCGUUCCCGUCGCUUCCGUCUCCUGAGGCUGCGGAGUCAGGAGGUGCCGGAGUUCCGUCACUUUAAAUGCGUCCCGUCCAUGGAGCGGGACAUAUCUGAAAAAGUGUUCCAGGAUUAUGAGAAGAGACUAAAGGAGGGUGAGGUCAUUGAUACCAAAGAACACAUUGAUGCACAUCGAGCCCUUGUGGCCAAAUAUCUGCAAAGAGUGCGGGAGUCGGUUAUUAAUCGUUUCCUCAUAGCAAAGCAUCAUUUCAUCCUGUCCGAUGUGGUUUCGGAGGACGAGGUUCCCAGCAUCGGGGUGUUAGGCUGGAACCUGUUCAAACUGGCCGAGCCCAAACGGCCCCUGAAGCCUCGCAGGAAGGAGAGGAAGAAGGUGACGGCUCAGAACCUCUCAGAUGGAGACAUCAAACUCCUGGUCAACAUCAUCAGAGGAUACGACAUCCCUGUCCGCAGACCUUACGCCAGCAAACCCCCUGCAUCGGCUAAGUCUGGGCGAUCAUUCACAGAGCCGUUUACAGCUCCUGUGUCAUCCCAGACACCCCAACAGGGCAGUGAGUGGCCCUUUGGACAGCCUCUGAUCAGGCCGUUUGUGGAGGUGUCUUUCCAGCGUUCAGUGCUGCAGACGUCUACUGCUGAGGGUCCAAACCCCUGCUGGAAUGAGGAGAUUGUUCUGCCAUUCAGUGCUCCAAACGGAGACUACAGCUCCACCAUUCUGCAGUCGGUCAAAGAUGAGGUCUUCAUCAACAUCUUCGAUGAGGUCCUCUAUGACGUGGUGGAGGAUGAGCGGGAGAGAGGGAACACUAUUCACACCCGUAUAGAGCGGCACUGGCUCGGCUCCAUCAAGAUUCCCUUCAGCACCAUCUACCUGCAGUCUCGGAUUGAUGGGACGUUUAAGGUGUCCACUCCUCCAGUGCUGCUGGGAUACAAUAAGGAGCGCAGUUUGGGCAGUGAAGGUGGAUAUGACGCCGUCCGCAGCCUGAGUGAAGGAACCUUCCUCAGCCUCUUCAUCACCAUUGAACCCCAGCUGGUUCCUGGAGACACCAUCAGAGAGAAGUUUGACUCUCAGGAGAGUGAGCGUUUGUUAAUAGCAAGUGAAGUGUUUGAGAAGGAGGCAAGUCGGCGUUUCCCCGACCGGCCCUGUCUCACCACCGUCAUCGACAUCAACGGCAAAACCGUCUUCAUCACGCGCUUCAUACGGCCUCUGAACCCCCCGCAGGAGCUGCUGGACGCUUUCCCAAACGGCCCUCAGGAGACCACGGAGCUGGUUGCGCGAUACGUGUCGCUCGUUCCUUCUCUUCCAGACAGCGUGUCUUUUGCUGGGGUUUGUGACUUAUGGAGCACGUGCGACCAAUUCCUAACGUUGCUAGCUGGAGAUGAGGAGGAGCAUGCUGUGUUACUCUGUAACUACUUCCUGUCGAUGGGCAAAAGGGCGUGGCUUAUCAUAGGCAUCGCCAUUCCUGAGGGCCCUACAGCGUACGUUUUGACGUAUGAGCAGAACCGCUAUCUGAUCUGGAAUCCCAGCACCGGGCAGCACUACGGACAAUAUGACACAUUCUGCCCCCUACAGACCAUCGGCUGCCUGAUCAACUCAGACAACGUGUGGUUUAAUAUCCAGCCGUACGCUGCACCUGUGAGAAUGAUUUUUGACGUCUCCAAGCCAAAUCUCUGGAAACCGUUUUUCUCGCGAUCGUUCCCUGAUCCCGGCCUCUCUAGUGUGCAGCCGGAGGGCCUGGUGUACAGACACACGGACAGAGCAGCUGCUGUUGAGUUACAAGACAGGAUAGAGAAGGUUUUGAGGGAGAAGAUCAUGGAAUGGCGUCCGCGUCACCCCACGCGCUGGAACCGCUACUGCAUCUCUACGUUACGUCAGUUCCUGCCAAAAUUAGAGCUGAGCGGAGGACGAGAGGUGGCUGAGGAACAUCGCCUCGAGCUGCAAAGCCUUCUGGGAGAAUACAGGAUAUCUGGGUUUCCCCUACACCUUCCUUUCUCAGAGAUUCGGCCAAUUAUUGAAGCCGUUCACAGCACAGGGGUUCAUAUGGUCGAAGCCCCGAAUGUGGAGUUUGCCCUGGCGGUCUACGUGCACCCGUACCCCGGUAAUGUGCUCUCCGUUUGGGUCUACAUCGCCUCCCUGGUCAGUGCACACUAGAUCACAGCAGAACACCACCAGCAACAGAGGAAAGACUUCUUGAUAUGCUUUAUAUGAAAUGAAAAUGUCAUAUUUUCUAUACAUUUUUGAUUUUGUAGAGCUCCUGUGCCUGUCAGUGUGUUUUAACACUACCUCUACUACUAGUGGUUGUCUUAUUUAUUUUUUUAAAGAAACUCAGUCUAGAAUGUUAUUUUUAAGUGUCAGUUUAAAGCUUUUAUACAUUUUAUUCUGUAUAUUAUUCAUGGUUGUACUGAAUCGAGAUGUUUGAAAUAUUUUUAAAACAUUUUAAUUACACAAGACUGCUAAGUUCAACAUUAUUGUUUUUUUUUUUUUUUGUACCAGUCUUUUAGGUUGAAUCUCACAACACACACCAAAAUUAGUGUUCAUGUUCAUGUUUUUAUAAUAUAUAAAAAUAAAAACAUUUUAACAAAACCAAGUCAUAUGGGUCAAUUCUUUUGAAAUUGAGAUUUAUACAUCACGAAAAAUCGAUAAUAUUGACCCAUACAAUGUAUUUUUGGCUUAUAUUAUACCCCAGAGACUUAAGACUGGUUUUGUGCUCCAGGGUCAUAUAUAUAU